UAAAUAAUUAAUUAUUUUUUUAGAUGAUCAAGAAAAGGAUUAGUAAAGUUUAAAAUAAUUGUUAAAAAUACAAAUAAUGUAAUAAAUCUAGAAAAUAUUGGACUGAAGAAGAAGAUAAUAUAUUAAAAUCGACUGUAUAAUUACAUGGUUCAGAUUGGAAGUUGAUAGCUGAGUAUUUGAAUGGACGAAAUGCAAGUUAAUGUGCUUAAAGAUGGAAAAGAGUUAAGCCUGAUACUGUAAUUUUAGAUUGUUAAAUUUUGUAGGAAGAGAAAAAUUAAAAAUGGUCACCUGAAGAAGACGAGGAAGUUAAGAGGUUAACUAAAGAGUAUAAAUUUGAUUGGAAGAUGAUUGCUCGUUUUCUCUCAAAUAGAACUGGAAGGCAAAUACGAGAACGAUAUAUAAAUCAUUUAGACCCAAAUAUAAGUACUAAGGCAUGGAGUUAAUAAGAAGAUUUAAAAAUAUGGACCUUAUACAAAAAGAUAGGAUCGAGAUGGUCUGAGAUGGCAAAGAAACUUAAAGGAAGACCAGUAAAAUUUUUAGUUUAUUAUCUUUUUAGGAGAACAUGAUUAAGAAUAGAUUUUAUGGAUAUAUUAGAAAAAAUUAUGCAAAACAAGAAAAUCCAUAUUAUAUAGUACCAAAUUAAAAGAGAUAACUUACCAAAGAAGAUGAUCAAGGAGAAAUUUUGAAUAAUCAAAAUACUAUUGAAACAGGAAUUGAAGAUAUUGAACCCUAAAUCAUCGAACAAAUUUAAUAAAAUAAAUCAAUAUAAUAAUAAUAAGAAGAAUAACCUUAAUCAGGCUUCCAUUCUAUAUUGUAAUCCCUUUAAUCUGAUAAACAUAAUGUCAGCAUCAUUAGCAAUCCUUAAGAUGUUUAAUAACUCUAAAUGUUUCAUAAAAUGUUUAUUGAAUCAUCAGAGAAUGAAUUUCUUAAAGUUGAUAAUCAUCUUGUCAAUUUUAUAUCAAAUGAAAGCAAUAUUAAUAGUUAUGCACAUAGUCAUAAUUUAUUAGCAUUCACCCCUUUAAAAGAAGAAGAGAAUGAUAACUUUGUCAAUCAAUUUUUAUAAUUUGAAGGUUCCUCUGUACCUGUGAGAAUGAGAGCCGAUAUAUUUGAAGAAUUUUCAAAAUUCUCUUAAAUGGAAUAAUGAAAUCCUAGAAUAAAGAUUUUGAUUAUACAUCGAGUC